AUUCUACCCUACUAGGGAAUCAAAGAUUUCGGUUAAUGUUCUUAUGAAUUUUACACACUGCAUGCAUGCACCUCUUAAAUUCCGUGCAGCUGCUGCAUUAAAAUAAUAGUUCAAAAUCCAAUUCAUUUAAUUUGCGGUCAAUUGGAUAGUACUAAAAUUAGACAUAAACACGCUCACUAGACGGGACUGGUGGGCAAACUAUAAAAGCUGCGCCUAUUUCGACUGACAGUGGAAUCCGAAAAAUUUCUUUAUUUCAAAAUGUCGCGUACCGGUAUUAUCUUGUUUCGCACUGCUGUGGUGGUCACGUUAAUGUGCGUUUUUUGCAUCCAAAUAAAUGGACUUCCGCAUCCACCGCUGACCACAUUAGCCCCGCGGUUAGAUGGCGUCUACAACGAAAAGUUUGAUAAUGUAGAUUUGGACGAGAUAUUGAUCCAGGAGCGAUUACUUAACAACUAUAUCAAGUGCCUGGAGAGUGCCGGCCCCUGUACACCCGAUGCAAAAAUGCUAAAGGAUAUCUUACCCGAUGCAGUUUUGACUGAUUGCACCAAAUGUACAGAAAAGCAAAAAAUUGGCGCUGAGAAGGUGACCCGCCAUCUUAUUGAUAAUCGACCUAACGACUGGGAGCGUCUUGAGAAAAUUUACGACCCGGAGGGUACCUAUCGCUUUAAGUACCUAAAGUCGAAGGCCAACGGCAACAAGUCAUUGUAAAUGUUAUGGAGCAGUUGCACAGGCGACCCAUAAAUCUUCGUUAUUACGGCGUAAAUGAGACGAGGAGUACUUUUUAUCAUUUCGUUUUUUUUUUUUUUUUAAUUUAAUUUUAAAUUUUGAAAUUUUUGUUGUAACCCAAGUUUUCGAAAUAUUAAUUACAAUAAACUUAAUCUGCGUGCUUUGACCUGA